UGAGGGAGCGGGCGGUCAAAGACCCCCAAACGGAAAUGCCAUCGAUUCACACAAGUCAAAUGCGACGAUACAAGGGCAGCCAAGGGUUUUACAUGAAGUGGCGGGCGGGGAUGCAUAAAAUUGAAAUUCAAAGGAUGCAGUGGCCUUGUCUGUUGGCGGCAACUAUUGAGAGGCCAAGCCAGAGGGGAAAUACCCGUAUGGCGCCAUUGCCCCAAUUGUCCACGUUCACACGAGUCCAGCCGGCUCCUGGGCGCGGCUGUUGGUGAGGUUGUGUAUCGUCGUGACCGUUCUCUUGCUCUGCCCCGUGCCAGCCCAAGGCUUCAUUGAGAUGCCUCCAUAGAGCUAUGGAGUGAGCCGAGGUUGCGACGGCAUCGCGGCCGUACUUGAUAAACAGUCCGACGAGCCGCCACUCAGUUUCCCCAAAGAGUUCUGGCUUCCCACCCGCGCCAGCCUCUUCCUCCCUCACCAGCCUACAGCCACACUCGCUCACUCUUGUCCCCGGUCUCUUGUGCUUGACAUCGUCGCAGCCGCUGCCCACCAUGCACUUCUCUGCCCUCUUGCCCCUCGCCACCCUCGGCCUCGGUGCCGCCGUCGCCCGCAAAAUGACACCACGGCACCGCGACCACGGCGUCCCGCUCAACCUGCUGUCCAAGCGCAUGGCGUGCGGCGAGACGGCGUCACUCGUCUGCUACGGCGUCGCGGGAGGCACGUCGCAAAACCUCGACCCCGAGGACAUCGAAUACGCGGCCUCGUACCUGCGCCACCUCGCCGACACCAACAACAACCCCAUCUGGAACAUGCCGACCGAGUUCGACUGCUCCGAGUGGACGCUGCCCCUGUUCGGUACCGGUACCGUCCUGGCGCUGGCCAAGCACAUCAACCCGCGCACUAACUCGGGGGUUACCUACUACGACCUGGCCCGCACUUUUGACGGCGGCGAGGACGCAACCGAGGACCAGCGCAGAAAAAGCCUCCUCGGCGCCUGCGGCAAGAAUGGCGGCCAGUUGGGCGUUAUUGUCGACGAGUCCAACCCGGCGUAUAGUUCGGCCGAGUACGUCGCUGCCAAGAUGAAGCCCAAGGAUAUCAUCAUCAAGCUCGUCAGAGAUCCAAGCUUCCCGGCUGCGGCGUAAAGGGAAUUCAUUGGAGGGUCCAGUAAUACGGGGAGUUACAGACAGGGCCGACAGAGAGACACAGCUAGGUGAUGGGUGUUUGAUGGGGUAGUAGGCGGUGAAUGUUUAAUGGAAUAGAUAAUCAAUCAAUUAAACGUGAUCUGCGACGUGCCACACGCGGGGGUUUCCUUCUGAUACCUUCUUUAAUCCAUAAUUUACUGCUG